AUGACUACAGAAGGCGGAGACAACAACAAUUCAAUUGUUAUUCUAUCAGACGAUGAUGAAGAUGCUGUAGCGCUUAAUAAAAAUGGCAAGAGACCUCGUCCUCCUCAUCAUGCCAACCAAAGUAAUCCACAUACACGAAACCAACGUCUUACGUACGACGAUGACGAGGAGGGAUACUACGACGAUGAAGACGAGGGCAUGGACACAGAGGACGAAGAGUAUGCUCUUUAUGAACAGCAAGAAAUCAAAAGAAACGCGAGCUACUUGAACCGAUCUCUUCCCGAAGAUCAUGAACCUGUCAUUGUAAGUGAACGCGAUCAAAUCAACGCUUUGCAAGAGAUCAAUGACAUCUUUCAACAACUCAAAGGCAAAGUGCUUUCCGCCAAUGCGUCUGUCAAGGAAGUAGAACCCAGCUAUUCGUGUGGAGGCCUUUUGAACGAAGAAGCGCCCAAUAUUGCCAUGAACGUGAGUGGCGUUUCAGGACCUAUUGCUUUCCCUAUGGAUGAAAAGGAUGCAACAAGGAUCUUGCAGGUGCAUGCUGCCAGUGUGGUUUCCAACGAUAAAGGAGAACCUAUACGCUUGAAUUUGGAUGUGGCUCAAAUCGAGAUCAACAAGACUUUUGAAGAGUAUUUGAGCCAGAACUUGUUGCUGGAUGUGGUCGAGUAUCUUGGCGUGGACUCUGUUGUGGCUAAAAACACGACCUUGGUUGCGAAUCAGUUUCACAUUGUCGCCAAUGGUGGUACCUUAACUUUGUCCGAUUCCUUAAAUGAAGCUGCUUAUGGUACAGUUGUCUUGGUGCUACCUACUGAUUUCUGUGGCGGUGAAGUCUCUAUCUCUUACAGUGAUGAUCAGGUCAGCUAUCAGCCCGAGGAAGCAGCUUUUGAAUGCUGUUACUACAUGGCUUGGUACAACAAUGUCAAGACCCAGUUCGAGCCUGUAUUGGAAGGUCAUCAGCUUGCCAUUUCCUUUUCAUUGAUCCAUAAUGAUACCGUCGACAAAGCGACAUCGGACUACCUACAAAAGCGAAGACUACAAAUAGCCAACGGGGAACUAACUCCAGCAGAGAUGGAACAAAACAAGCCUUACAUCGGUCGUGCUGUCACCUGGUUCAAAGAAAAUAGUGCAGAGAGGCCUUUCCCCAUCUUUUUCAUGUUGGAUUACAAGUAUGGAGCACCUUCUCUUUGCGUGGAUGAUCUUAAACGACCCGAUAAGACGCUCGCCAAGGUAUUGAAACAGGCCGCUGAUGAAGCAGAUUUCUUGAUGUAUCUGGGCACGGUGGAACGAGAAGUCGAAGGCACAGUGUACGAAGAGGGCCGGCCUCAUGAUGUGACCAACAAAAAGGAAGGCGAUGACUGUCCCAUGGACGAAGAAGGCAUCUAUCUCACUCAGAGAGCCAUUUAUGAUGAGUAUGUCUUGAAAAAGCUGUUCAAUGAAUCCGGAAAAAACAUCUUGGAAACCUCUGUUGGUUUGGAUUCAAGCGAUCAUCCAGCCAUCAUUCAAGGCCCCAGAUGGUACUCUCGCUGCAAGCCCAUGAAUGUGGCAUACAGUGGCACUGUGGAGGUAGAAGAUGUUACUGUAAAGUACUUUUAUGCAGAAUGCCAGGCACUUGUGUUUUUGCCCAAGUCAAGGCUAUCUUCACUUGUCAAGAUGUCCAAUAAGGAACCUACUGAAAAAGACGACACACACACGACUGUUACAACCACCACCACCACUACGACAACUGCUACUACGGCCAUUGCUUUUACAGAAAGCAACAAAUAG